AACCUAUCCCCCCUAUUUAAUUUAACCAUUUGUGGCUAAAUGAUCUAAAUCUAUUAGUACUAGAACAAACACUUUUGCACGUCAAACUACAAUAUGGAAGAAUUACUCUCCGUUACAAGCAACAAAGUAAUCACAUGCAAAGCUGCUGUAGUUCAUGGUCCUGGUGAAGCAUUGGUAGUAGAAGAAAUUAUGGUUGAGCCCCCAAAGAAAAUGGAGGUCCGAAUCAAGAUCCUCUUCACUUCUAUCUGCCAUUCAGAUCUUGGGGCUUGGCUUGGCACUAACGAAGCUGAAAGAGCGUACCCUAGAAUUCUUGGCCACGAGGCUUCCGGAAUAGUUGAGAGUGUCGGAGAAGGAGUGAAGGAUGUGGAGCGUGGAGACUACGUGAUCACUAUAUUUCACGGGGAGUGUGGGGAAUGCGUGUUCUGCAAAUCGGAGAGGACGAAUGUGUGUGAGAAAAAUGGAAUAAAUCCGAUGAAGAAGGUGAUGGGGAUUGAUGGGAGAAGCAGGUUUUGGGAUAUGAAUGGAAACCCUAUUUUCCAUUUCCUCAACACUUCCACAUUCAGUGAGUAUACAGUCAUGGAUUCUGCCUGCGUUGUCAAGAUUGAUCCAAACCUCAUGUCUCUUAAGCAUAUGGCUUUGCUCAGCUGUUGCAUCUCUACAGGGGUUGGAGCGGCAUGGAACACUGCCAAUGUAAAACCUGGAUCAGCUGUCGCUGUUUUUGGCCUCGGCUCCGUCGGCCUUGCGGUAGUGGAAGGAGCAAAAGCAAGAGGAGCAACACAAAUAAUUGGAGUCGAUGUCAACCCAGACAAACAAACUAAAGGUUCACAAAUGGGAAUCACAAAUUUCAUUAACCCGUCGAUUCUUGAUACUCCGGUGCAUGAGAAAAUAAAAGAAAUGUGCGGAGGAGGUGUAGACUACAGCUUUGAGUGUGUUGGAAGCGCAGAUGUUCUUCGCGAAGCCUUCUUGUCGACCCAUCUGGGCUGGGGAUUGACUGUGGCUGUAGGUGUUCAUUCCACUCCCAAGAUGCUCCCUCUUCAUCCCAUGGACCUCUUUUACGGCCGGAAAAUCGUCGGCUCGACCUUCGGAGAUUUCAAAGGGAAGUCCCAACUUCCUUCUUUUGCACAGCAAUGCUGCUCUGCAGGGCUCAAGUUGGAUGAGUUCAUCACACAUGAAUUGCCAUUCGAAAACAUCAACCAAGCUUUGCAGCUCCUUGUUGAUGGCAAAUCCUUAAGAUGCCUUCUUUAUUUUUGAAUCUACUUUUUUCCAUUAUAAAUGUGGCAUCUAAUGAAAUGCAACCAAAAAUAAAUAAGAAUUCUCCGUGUUCAGAAUUUCUAAAAUACAAUCUCACUUGCCUA